AUGGCGAUGAACGGAAAACAGCACCUCGGCAUGCACCCGGCGCUAUCUGAGCCCAAAUAUCCAAGCCUGCACGCAAGCCCCGAAGGCAUGCGGCGAGCCUGCUUACCUGCCCCGCAGCAUUCUUGCUUGCAGCUCCAGGGCAAUAUAUUCGGUGGCUUUGAUGAGAGCCUGCUGGCCCGCGCGGAAGCUCUGGCGGCUGCUGACAUUGUCUCUCACGGCAAAAGUCACCCUUUCAAGCCGGACGUGACCUACCAUACCAUGAGCAGUGUCCCCUGUACUUCCACCUCCUCCACUGUGCCCAUAUCCCACCCUUCCAAUCUGACAUCGCACCACCACCUUAAUCAGACGUUGGAGGGCGAUCUGCUGGAUCAUAUCUCGUCGAGUCUGUCCGUCAGCGGGAUGGGGGCUCCGGACCCGUCUGUGAUGACUACACAAGCUCAUCAGCAUCACCUGCAGACCAUGGGCCAUCUCCAUCAAGCAAUGGCCAUGGGUCAUCCGCAUUCACUGUCGGUGCACAAUGGAAUGACCUGCGUAAACGACGUGGAAUCGGAUCCCAGGGAGCUGGAGGCGUUCGCGGAACGGUUCAAACAGAGGCGGAUAAAACUUGGGGUGACCCAGGCAGACGUUGGGUCCGCCCUGGCUAACCUUAAGAUUCCCGGCGUGGGCUCUCUGAGUCAGAGCACGAUCUGCAGAUUCGAGUCCCUAACCCUCUCUCACAAUAACAUGAUAGCGCUGAAACCGGUUCUCCAAGCAUGGCUGGAGGAGGCUGAAGCGGCUUACCGAGAGAAAAACAGCAAGCCGGACCUUUUCAGUGGCAACGAAAGAAAAAGAAAACGCACGUCCAUUGCUGCACCAGAAAAGCGGUCGUUGGAAGCAUAUUUUGCAAUACAACCGCGUCCCUCUUCAGAAAAAAUAGCUGCCAUAGCAGAGAAGUUGGACUUAAAAAAGAACGUGGUUCGUGUUUGGUUUUGCAAUCAACGUCAAAAACAGAAAAGGAUGAAAUAUUCUGCCUCACAUUAACUCAAAUCAUGCAAGGAAUAUUUUAAAACAGGGAAUCCACUCAAUUUGUGAAAACUCUUGGACUUAAACUUUUCUUCUCCUUUAUAUCACUUGUUGUCCUGACCUAGACUACCACUCACUGCUUGAUGUUGAUAUAAAUGUUUAAACAUGAAAUCAAGAGAGGAAAGUUCAUUGAUCAGAUUCUGGACUUGCAAUAACAGAUUCGUCUCAGAUAUAUGGAACAGGCUAAUUAUGUUAUUUUUAACUUCAUUAUAAUUGUCAUUCAUAUAUUUGAAGUGUGUAUGAGUGUUUACUUAUAGCCUACCAUAUAAUCAGGAACUGAUUAAUAUGUAUUAAGUGUUGACACUUCCCCACUGAACCUGUUAAGUUAGAUGCCUACAUCGUUAAUAACAGUUCACUCCGCGCUGUUUCCUGUAUUUUACUUAAAUCCAUCUUUCUGUCCUACUGCUAAGUUAUGGCAUUGGAUGAGCCAAUAUAUUCUCUUGUGGUAAAUCCAUCGAAUUAAUGGAUUAUUCACAGAGACGCUGCUCGGCUUAUUUUUGGUGUUAAAUGUGAACCACU